AUGUCGACGACGGCUUCCAAGAAGCCCCCCUUUGGCGGCACCGCCGUCGGCCGCGUCUCCAACUCGGACGCCGCCGCCGCCUCGUCCCCCAGCGCCUCUCCCGCCCGCAACUCGCCGCGCUCCUCGACCCCGACCGGCCACGCCCGCGCCCGCUCAGUCCGUGGCGCCGCCCAUGUGUCGGCCCGCUCGGCUGCGGCACGAAGGGACACGGCUGGUGAGUCCGACGCCCGCGCCGAGGCUGCCUCGGCCGUCGAGGACCUCCAGCAGCGCCUGGAGAAGGAGGAGAAGCUGUCGGAGCAGUUCAAGAAGCAGGCCGACGUGCUGCAGUCCAAGCUCGACGAUGCCGUCAAGGAGUCGGCCAAGCUCGAGGAAAAGGCCCACGAGUACGAGGAGCAGGUCGAGGCCUUGAGAAGCGAAAAGAGGGAAGCUACCCGCCAGAUCCGCGAGAUGGAGACCAUCUACGAAGCCGAGCGGAGCGCCAUCCUCAAGGAGAAGGAGGAACUGGCCAACAAGGAAGAGGAGAUGCAGACCGUUAUCCAGCGGUUAAAGGACAGCCUGGCCCAGAGACAUAAUGCCGCUGACGAUGAUGGCCGGCCAUCCCGACAGACGGCCAACUCGUCUCCGUCGCUCGACGGCAGUAGCUUCGCGCCCCCCUCGUCGCUCCAACGCAGCGACUCUCGCAACAGCUCCAAACUGAUUUUGCAAAAGGACAAACUUAUCGAGAGCCUGCGUCUCGAGCUCGCAGAGGCACAGAUUAAGCUGGUCGAGUCGGAGAACCAGGGAGGCGGCAGGCUGCAGGAGGUGGAGCGCCUGCUCAUGGAAGCCCGCAUGGCCAACGCGCGCCUCAUGGAAGAUAACGAGAGCUACCAGCUCCUCCUGCAGGAGAAGACGCUCAAGGGCGACUUUGGACAGAGCGACUUUAGCUACAUGAAUGCCAGCGCCCACCAGGAUGCCCUAAACGCCCUCGAGGGCAACGCCGGAGGCUCGAGCCUGGCCGACGAGCUGUCUGAUGCCGCCGCUGCCGAAGGCGACGGCGACCGCCGCCUUGAGGCCGAGUUCAGGUCGAUGAAGGAACAGAACAAGGCGCUAACCAUGUAUAUUAACAAGAUCAUCGGGCGUCUGCUGCAGCACCAAGAGUUUGAGUCGAUUCUUGACCAGUCGGGCGACUUGAAGCCGCCCAUGGACAUCAACAAAGACUUGCCCCUGUCCCCGGGCAUGAAGCAGCCACCCAACGGUCCGUCGCUGCUGCAGCGGGCCAAGUCCCUCGCCGUCGGCUCGACCAGGACCAAGCAGCGACCCAUGUCGUACGUGCCGACCUCGGGCUCCGCCAACUCGGCCCAUACCGACCCGGAUACGGCCCCUAGCAUACCCAUUGGCAACCUGGGGCGAUCGACGAGCACGAGGCGAUCGAGGCCCCAGAGUGAUCAGUUCACCGGCGCCGCAGGCCUUGUCGGUCAGAUGUACCGGGGCCCGGAUGGCACCGUGUCGCCGCCGCUAGGCAACUCGCGACACUCACCCAGCCUGUUUGGGGCCCCAGGCCUGUCUGUCAACCCCAACGCGGCCGCGCGCACCCCCAGCGGAGGUCAGGCCCCCUCGGCGGGCAACUUCCCCCACAGCAGGAGCGAGACUUCGAGCGUGAGCGGCGAUUCGGCCGAGGUAUCGACGUCCCCAUCGCAGUCGCCGCCCAGGUCGCAGAGCGACAAGCAGACGACGUUUGCGGGAGGCAAGCCCCGUCCUCUGCGGUUGGUCCAGGAGAGAGAGGACGCGGCCAAGGAGAACAAGCGCGCGAGCUGGUACACGGGAUGGAGCUGGGGGGCCAAGAAGGAUGAGACACAGCAGCCCGCGGGCAGCUCGAUUCCCGAAUGA